AUGAAUAUAGGCAAAACAAACUCUAAAAAUCAAUUUUUUAGUUAAGACGAUGAUUAGAGGUCUUUGUUACAUUACAAAAGUUUUGAUUAGAAGAAGGUAUUAAGUGAAAUCAAAGAAUAUUAUUAAAUUAAUCAAUCACUGAAGGGUAUUCUUAAAGAAUUAUUGCAUGUAUCACAUAAAAUGCCACUUCCAGAUGAAUGUUUAGAUCAUAUUCUUGAAUUACUGCAGUCUGAAAUGAAUAAUUAAUUUGAAUAACUGACAUAUUGUCAAAUCUUAAGACUAUCAAUCAAGAAGGGAGCAAAAAUUAACAUCCAGAAGUUCGUUACAAUUUUCAAAGUGAUAAUAGACAAUGAUUCAUUAUUUGAGCUUGUUAGUAUAUUUUCCAUAAUGCUAGACCAAAAAUAGUAAAAGGAGGAAGAUUUAAAUUAGAUAUUUAAUUAGAUUUUAAAUUUUAAUAAUCUUAAUGUAGAAAUAAAAAAAUCACUAAACCAUCUGAAAUAUACUCUUAAUCCUAAAUACAAUUCAUCAAAUUAAUAAUAGCACCUGUUUAAAAAGAGUGGCAUCAAUCAAGUAAUCGCAACCGUUGAAAGUCAUGUUGAUCAUGAAAGAGUGUAGGAUUCCGAAUAUGUCUAAGAGAACUUUCAAAGCAUCAUUCAUGAUCAACUUACAGAAUCAGAGUUUUAGUAUUAAGUUGCCGUUGAGAAUAUUGAAAUAAAAGAUGAUAUCAAAUAACCUACUCUCUUUAAAAGUACUUAUGAGACUGUAAAAUAAAUAUAUGAAUAUGCAUGCAAACAUAAAUAGAUUCAAAAAUAAGAUAAAGAUGAAUAUUUACCUAACAAAUUAUUGGAUCAAAAGUAUUUUUCAAACGGGAUUCUUGGGGAAUUUAUAUGUGAUCGAAUGAUAAUCGAAACAUUUCUAAUUAUAUCUCAAAAGUAAGAAUUAAAUGAAAAAACUAUUUAGAAGGUUUUUUAAUUAUGUAAAGGGAUCGAUGAGGUCAAAGGCUUGUUCUUAAAAAAUUAAUCUGAAAGUGUUUAUGUUAAUUCUCUCCACAGAAGUGAGAUCUAAAUUGGUAAUCUGAAUUAAAUUGAGGAAGUGGCUAAAAAUAUUUUAAAACAGUUUUUUAAUCAGAAUGAAUCUCAUUCUAAACUUUCUACUAAUCACAGUAGUAUUUUUGGUGAUAGUGAAUUAACUUGCUUUGGCUAGAAAAGUUAAUUAGUGAUUGAUGAAGUUAUGAAAAUUAUGUAUAAGUAAUUCUAGAAAAUCAGAGUAUGUGCUCUCUAAAUUAUUUAAAAUCUUAUUAAUUACUAAAAACUUCAAUUGAGCCAUGAAUAAAUGUAGUUCAUUGAAGGACUGUAAGAAAAUGAUGAGGAUAAUGAUUGUUUUCGUGAAGAAGCAUUAAAGAUUUACAUCCUAACUUUUGAUUAAAAUAAUUCUAAAAAUGCGUUGAAGGUUUGCAUUAAUAAAUUAGAAAGGAAUCAUUUUGAAGGAAUUCAAUAUAUACUAAAUUAAAGUAAGAACGAAGAAAGAGCAAACUUCUUGUCAGGAGAUAAAAUUAAAAUGAUAAUUAACAAGAUUACAACGGAUCAGUAAUCAAUAUCAAUUGAUAUUCGAAAAAAAUUGACCUAAAUUGUCCAAAAUUUCUUAAGUCAUUUACAAUUAAAUAUUGAAGAAGAAGAUUUUGAAAAAUUAUUCAAACUGUUCUAAAAUUCAACUAAAAUAGAAUUAGAAAAAUAAUUGCAAUUUAAUUUGCUUUAAUCGAUAAUUUAUUUUCUCAAAAAAAACCCUACUCAUUAAGAAGUUAAAUACAAUGAGCUUAUGACGGACUUAGAAAAGUUUGAUGAGUAAUUGCAAAACUUAAUUAUCUUAAGUCUAGGAACCAUAUUAAAAAGAUGCUUGGAAUAAAAUCGAAAUACUAUUAAAAUAAAGAUCUCCGAUUUUCUUUCAAAAAAAUUGUCACUUUCUUUUAAGAUAAAUCCUUAAGGAAUCAAAGAUGAGAGUGAUUCAAAUUAUCCAAGGAUAUCUUUUAUUGUAGCUGAAAUCAUUUAUUAUUAAGUAUCGUAAUCAAAAAUUUAGCUGUCAGAAAAUACUAUUAGUGAUCUGAUUAAAAUAAUAAAUAAUCAAGAUAAAGAUUUACAAUUCUUAUCAGUCAAGAUUUUAGAUGAACUUGAACAGGAUAUUUCAAAAGAGAAUUGUGAUAAUCUAGUCCCUUAGUUAUUUAAAAUCCUUAAGGAUGAUUAUUAGAGAUAAUAAUAGUUGAUUUAUUCAUCUCUGUAUACAAAGGUCAUUUUAACUAUCCAAACUGAAACUAAAGAAUCAAUUGAUUUAUAAUAUAUUGAGCUUUUAGCAUAAAUUUGCAAUUUGGAUUAAUUUGUUGAAAAUACAGUAUAUUAAAAAAUUUAAAGUAAUAUAUUUGAAAUUUUAAAAAAGCUACUAAAUGGUAAAAAAAAAAUACCUUUAGAAUUUAUGAAAAUGUUUGAAAAUAUUUUGAUUAAUGAACUUUAAACCUAACAGGAUGUUAUUGAAAUUCUAAAGGUGUUUACAGAAUAUGAAAAAAUACCAAAUAACCUAGUCGUAGCACUUGAAAUUCAUCUAAAUAAAUCAGAAAUACCGAUGGAUUUCUUCUUGAUUUUAGAACAAGUUAUUCGAAAUGGACAUAGGGUUGCUGAUUCUACUUUGCAAAAAUAUAUUGAUAAGAUAUCCAACUCUGAAAAGGAUUCUGAUAAAUGCUUUGAUAUUUUAGAAAUAGCAGAAAAAAACCAUACUUUAUCUGAACAUAUUUUUACUUCUAUUUAAUUAGAAAGAGCAGGAAAAGCAAUCAAAAAAAAAUAGGAUGACUAUCCUGAUGCAAUUGAAUACAUAUAUCAGAAAGUGUAGGAGGGAUAUAAGAUAUCAAAAAAUAUCUUUGAAAUUAUUGCUACUAUUUUGGAUGAAGCUAAUGAUAAAUUAAUUAAAAUUUUAGAAUGUGCUUCAAGCAACGAAUAAAUAAUUCCAAAUGGUGUUGUCAAGAAACUUUAGGAUAUCCUGAAUAAAUAGGAUAUUGAUGAAAAUGUUAUACGAAUAUUUAUGAAUAUGUUAAAAAAUAAAUAAGAGUUGUCUGGAGAUCUUAUACUUAAAUUAGAAGAAAUGUUAGAUUGUCAAACUAUUUCUGAAUUGAUCAUAUAAUUUUUUGCUAUUUCUAGUUAAAAUUGUAAAUUAUUUUCUUUGCAAAUAAUUGAAAAAUUGUGUAAACAUAUUUAAAAUACAAAUGAUUUAAACUUAGAACUUAGUCUACUUUUAGCAAUCAAUACAAAAAUUAAUGCGAAUAAUUCAUUUCAUCAAGAUAUUACACUUAUCAAUAGAGUUAAUGAAGUAUUAAUAUCAAAACUCUAAGUAUCAAAAUAAACUUUGUUGCCCUUAUGUUUACAAAUUACUAAUUAUAUUUAAUUGCAUGCCAAUAUAUUAGACUCAAAAAUAUAGGAAACAUUGACUACGUUAUUGUAUGAAAAAGAAAUCUAGUAUGAAAUUAAAACCGAAAUUAGUAAAAUAUUAAAAUUAUGUAAACUUGAUGCAUAAACAUCUUAAUUUAUCAAGUAAUUUGAUUUUACAUAAAAUUCUAAUAACAAUAAUUCAAAUGAUACUAAUGAAUAGAUUGAAUUAUUACCUGAGACCUUGAAUUAAAUAAACCUAAUUUUUUAGGACGAUAAAGAUCAAGAGCAGCUAUAAAAAGCAAUUUCUCUGUUAAAUCAGUGCAGAAACAAAGAUUAAAUACCGUUUGAAUUGACCAAAAGCAUUAUGAUAUGUAUAUCAUAAAAAGAUUUUAAACCCGAUUAUUUUAAACUCCUCAAUCAAAUAGUUGAAUCUAACAAAUUAAUCCCUAGUGCUAUUCUCAAAUUUCUGAUUGAUAAUUAUGCAGAUGAUUUAGAACGUGGCUCAUUCUAGUCAUAAGAAAAUGAAGUUCUUACACGAAACUUGUAGAUGAUUAAAUAGUUAGAUGCGCAAAACCAGGCUUGGAAUUCAGAGUACUCAAUCAAUUUACUUAAAAGUAUAAAUCAGUCUAUGAAAUCAGGGUUAUUAUUGUCAAAAUAAAGAACUUAAAUUAUUUGUACUAUAUUCUAAUCAACUUAUAUUAAUAUAGAUUUGGUUUAUAUUUAUUCAAAGAUUUUAUCUAAAUUGGUGUUGAAUUAAUUUAACAUGAAUGAAAUAAUAGUACUAGAAGUAGUAAAAUUAAUUAAGCGAAAUGAUAUCAAAUUAACAACCAAAAUGAUACAAGCAUAUACAAAGAUUAUUGAAGAAAAAAAGUAUAAGGAACUACAAAAUUGCAUAGACAGCCUAUUAACGAGAAAACUUGAUAAUAAAAAAAUGUUAGCCUUACAUGAAUGUGUUUCAUAUGCCUGUUAAUUUGGAGACGAUUUGAAGAAAACCUGGUUGCCCAUACUAGAAGAUAAUCUUGUAUAGUAACCUAUAAUUAGCAAUUUGUCUUUUAAAGGUUUACGGGCUGCAAUGGAUAAAAAUUUAAGUUCAGAUUAGUUUAAUGGAUAUUGCAAUAUAAUUUUAAAAGUAUUGAAAAAUGUUUAGGAUGAAAUUAAAGAAAACUAUGAUUUAUUUGAAACUAUUAAUUACUUAUUAUAGUAUGAUUUGGCUAAAGUCUUUCAAAGUCCUGAGGAUAAUUGGCAUAGAGAGUUACUUGAAGGUGGUUUUGAAAUAAAAAAUAAAGGGUGUAAAAUUGAAAAAAUAAAGGAGAUUAUUCAAGAAAAUGGAAUAAAUUCAGAACAUUAUAUACCUCUUCUAAAAAUUAUAACUUAGAUUGAAGGAUUGUAAGACAUGUAAUUUAACGAUUUGAUUAUUUUUUUAAAAACAAUUGGAUUGUAAGAUACAAAUUAAUUGUUGAAGCAAAAUAUUAUUUAUGAUUAUGAGAAAUGUUAGAUAAAACUAAUAUGGGCCAAAGUAGUUUAAGGAUGGUUAAGAAAGAUGAUAGUUAACAAAAUCAAAAAUAAAAUUAAAUGUGGUCCAUACAUUGAAAUUGUUUUUUUUUUUUUGAUUGGCUUGAUAUGCAACGACGAAAAGUAAGAAUUGAAUACAUAAUAAUGUAAUUUUCUUUUUUCAUAAAUAAGGGAGAUCGAUAACCUUAACAAAUUUCAAAGUCUCUUAGAAUUCAUUAUUCAAAACGGAUGUAUUAUUAAACAUUCAGAAAAUUAAUAUACAAUAAAUGAGUUGCAAUAAUAUUUUGAAAUUGAAGUUAUAAUUCUUAGAUUUCCAGACCAUAAAACAGAUAAAUAGUUAAGAAACAUUAUUAAAUAAUUACUUAUGAAGGGUUGGACUUUUUAGAAAUAGACAAAAAUACUUGAUAACCCUAAAGUAGCCAAACUAAUUUCUCAGAGUGAUAAACCUUUGGUGGAAUUGUUCAAGACUCUUUAUUAUUACUAAGUUUCUCCAAAUACAGACUUAAAUAAUAUCUUCGAUUAGCCAGAGCCAUAUAAGAUAUGGAGUUAAGUAUUGUAAAAGUUAUUUUUGGGAAGUUUUGAAGGGAAUGCUGGAGAAAAGGACAUAUAGAAAUUAGUGGAUGAAUUGGAAGAAUUAAAAUUCCCUAAGCAUUUUUAUAUUGAAAAGAUCAAUUAAAUUUAGACUUUGAGUGAAGAGAAAAAGAAAUAUACAGAGUAAGAAAUAUAUUAAUGGGUUGCAAUAGUCAAGAAUUAAGAGACUGAAUAAUUCAAAGAUAUUAAUUUCAUAGUUGAAUUAUUAGCUGUGAUCAACUAUGCUAUUUUCAAAAUUAAAGAGGUGAAUUUAACUUGUACUUAAAUCGUGACUGCAUUGAUCAUUUUAUAGUAAGAAAAGGAUGAAGGAAUAUUAUGUUAAGUGAAAACUGGUGAUGGCAAAUCAAUAAUAAUAGGUAUCAUUGCCAUAUAUUAUGGAUUGUAAGGAAAGAAAAUAAAUAUUCACACCAGUUCUCCGAUUUUAGCAGAGAGAGAUUCAAAAAGUAUGAAAAAUCUAUACUAGUUUUUUGGUCUUAGCUGUGCUGAAAAUAGUGACAAAACCAAGUACAAGAAAAAUGUAAAGAAAUGUUAUGAAAAACAGAUUGUAUAUGGAGAUGUAUCCUAAUUUUAAUUUGAUUAUCUUAGACAUCAUCACAGUCAAUUGAAUACAAUGGGUGACAGAAAUUUAGAAAUUGCAAUUGUUGAUGAAGUGGAUAGUAUGCUUAUUGAUGAGAGCUCAAAGUUUGCUAGAUUAUCCAGUACUGUUACUGGUAUUGAGCACUUUUAAUCAAUUUAUAUUCUUAUUUGGUAAAGAAUUAAAUAGCUUGAGGAGUAAAUAUAUAUCCUACAAUCCAACUAUUAUUCCUAAAAUGGAAAUAUUGUGAAAAAGAAAGAAGGUGAAAAUCUUCAUUUUUUGGAUUCAGAAUCUAUUGAUAAUUUUGAGUAAUUAAAGCAGUUGAGAGAAAUAGAAACAAUAGAGAAUUUUGAUGAUUUUAUGAAAGACCAUUUAAAAAUUUAUAUCAAUGCAAUAUUGGAAAAAGAAGACUUUAUAAUUCUGCCUAAGUAUUUUAGAUAAUAUCUUGAUCUUUAAUUACCUAAUUGGAUAGAUAGUGCCUUGUAGGCAAUUAAAUUAGAAGAGAAUGUCCAUUAUGUCAUUAUCAAUGGGAAAAUAAAACCUGUUGAUUUUUUAAAUACAGGAAUAAUUUAAAAUUCUUCUUUUUGGGGAAAUGGAUUACAUUAGUUCCUGUAAAUCAAGCAUAAUCUGAAAAUCACACCUGAAUCCUUCCUAACAAAUUUCUUAUCUAAUGUUGGAUAUUUUAAAAAAUAUGAAAAGAGAGUUUUUGGCUUAACUGGCACUUUAGGUUCUCAAAAAACUAAAGAAAUGUUGAAAUAAGUUUAUGGUCUGACUUCAGUUAUUAUUCCUUAAAACAAGUAUAAGCUAUUUAAAGAACUACCUUUAAUUGUUGUUGAUAAUGAUGAAAAAUGGCUGAAGAAGAUCAUUGCAUCAGCAAAUAAAGAAUGCAAUAAUAAAAGAGGUGUUCUCAUUAUAUGUGAGACAAUUUUAGAUGCGAGGAAAAUUCAUGAACAGUUAUUGUCUUAGAAGUAUUCAAGAAAUAUGAUCAAGCUUUAUGAUAUGAAUAAUAAAUGUUUGGAAAAUGAAAUUGAUGUCAUUAAAUCUGAACAAAUAUUUGUUGCUACCAAUCUUGCAGGCAGAGGCACUGAUAUCAAUUCAGAGGAUAUUGAAUAGUAUGGAGGAUUGCAUGUGAUAUUAACAUUCAUGCCGGCUAAUCAAAGAGUAGAAGAAUAAGCAUUUGGAAGAACUGCUAGAUUAGGCAAUAAAGGAACUGGAUAAAUGAUAUUAAAUAAAUUAAGCCUCAGGCAUUUAAUUUAGAAUGUAGAGGAUUAUUCACAAAUGAAAAUCAAGAGAGAGGAAGUAGAAGAUGAAAGGUUGUAGAAAUAUGUGGACUAAAAUUUGAAGGAAAUCGAGUUAAAAGAGAAGCUGUUUGAAGACUUUUGUAAUCUCUUGAGUGAUCAAACAAAAAAAAUCAAUUCUUUACCAAAAUUAACUCAGCAUUAUACAAUUUUAAGUAUAGAAGAAAAAUGGGCUAUUUUUCUACUGCAGAACAAAGAUAUGAAAGAUGAUAUUGUUGCAAACUUUGAAAAAUUUAAAAAUGAGGUGGAUAAAUUAUGUGAAACGUAGUAAAUCAUAUGCAAUCCUUAUUAUAAAAUAGAUAUUUUAUAGAAUUAAAAAAAAAAGAAGUUGCAAGAUAAAUUGGAUGCUUUAAAUGAAAUCAUUAAAGUUGACGGCAAAUCAUUUGCUUCUGUGUAUUAAGAAAUUGGCUUACUCUAUCUUUAGUAGGAAAAUUAAGAUAAAAAUAAAGCACUAAAUUAUUUGUAAGAGGCAGUUGAGUUAUUGAGCAAGGAAGUUGCUUAAUGGUAGAGUUUGUAUGUAACUUUAUCAAAGUAUUUGAAGAAUUUUUAAGGGAGCGAUUUGUAAAAACAAAUUUAUCAAAAGCUACAAAUAAUAGAAAUUUGUGCUAAUAGUAUUGUAGAGAAUAAGAAAGUAAUAUAGAAAUCUUAGAGAUUAAUAGAUAUUGUUUUGUAAUAAGAUAUUAAACAGGAAAACAUCUAAUCCAAAACAAUUAAUCUUGGUUUAGAAAAAUAGAAUGCAAUUUAAUUGUGCCGUAAUUAAAAUGAUACCAAGUAUAAUUUGAUAUUCAAUGAUCUCUGUUAUUACCAAGACUAUAUUGAUUAAGAUUCUGUCAUAAAAACUAUUGAAUAGAUUUAUGAGAACAAUAAGCCAAUUGAUAAAGAAAUCACGAUAUAAUUAAAUGAAAUUAUGGCAUCCAAACUCAAUUUAUACUUCUAUUAGAAAGCUCUCGAAUAGGGCUGUUUCUUCGAUAAAUAAACUGCUUUGAAAAAAUUAAAAAACAAUGAAAGGGAUACUGUAACUAAUUCUUCAAUACUUUUAAAAACCUCUUAAAAUAAAUUUGAAUCAUUAGCCAUCCAAGAAGCUAUUGAAAAAGUCAAUACGGUUAAUGAAACUUAUAUUGAUAUGAUAAUCAUAAACAAACAGUCAGCAUAAUGGUAAAUUGAAUUACUAAAAAAUAUGUAGAUAGACAUUGAGUUUAUCAAUUUGGAUAAAAGAAAUGUUGAAUAAGAUUUGUAAAUUAUUAAAUCUGAUUCAAUUGAUCUUGUAAUUACAAGUGACAUUGAAGAUAUUAACAAGUUACUAGAUUUAGAUUUUGUUUAGAGAAUAAAGCAUUUGAAGAAAUAGCUACACAUCUCAUAUACAAAGGAGAAAGCUAAAUAAUCAUUAUUUAAUAUCAGCCAGAAUAAAUGUACUCAAACUAUCUCCAUUUCAAAAAUCACAGAAGAAUAGGUUAAGGAAGUACUGAAUAAAUGUAAAGAAAAAGCAAGAUUCAAUCUAUAAUUAAAUUCGAUAUAAGGGGUUUGUUGGAUAGAAGAGAAUCUCUUUAUUAAUGUAAGAUUUAGACUUAAAGAUCAUAAAUGGAUUAAAGAUUUAAUAAGGUGGUUAAGGUAAAUCUAAUUAGAAUUUUAAUUGAUCUUUAAUAAUCUGGAUUAUAAUUAAACAAAAGAAUAUAUUUAAAAGGCAGACAUUCAAUAAUAGGAUGUUUAAGUAGUCAAUAGGAAAAAAUUAAAGGAAUUUCUUUAGUCAUAAGGACAAACUGAGUAACAAGAAUAUUAGAAUUUUAAAGCAAGAGGAUUUAAAGAAAUCAUUACAUUGAAUGAAAUUAAGUUCUUUCCCUUCUAUAACAUACUAAUUCUUGGUACAUUAGCCUUUUCCUAAUUGAUAGUUGGAGGUGUCUUAGUUUCCACAGGACUGGGAAGUAUUCUUGGCAAGAUGAUUCUCUAAGAAGGUAUUUCAGAUGUCAUAAGCCUUAUAACAUCUUGCUAUAGGAGAGAAUUUUCAUGGUCCGAUUAUUGUUAUUAAAAGUCUGCCAGUGUAUUAUGUACUGUCCUCACGUUUGGAUUGAAUGCAAUCAAAGAUACAAGUAAAACAAGAUAGUUCGUUGAAAGUUUUGGAAAAUACAGAAGCGUCAAAUUAAGUUCUAUUGUUCAACAAACAUGGAUAUUGUCCUUUUAAUCAAUUGUCAUCAAAGGGAGUAAUCUGAUCCUCACCAACAUUAUUUCAAAAGCACUUAUAGAUUGUAAGCUUAAGCUAUCGUAAUAUCUGUAAAAAAUUAUUUAGGAAAAGUUCUCUGAAAAGGAUACAAUUAAACUUUUGAGGAAAAUUGAAGUAUUAUAUUAAAUCAAGAAUGAAAAUUUCACUGAGAAUAUCCUAAAAUAUGGCAUUGAACUAAUAACAAAAAUUGGAUUUAUAAAUUAGUUCAUUAUUUUACUCCAAAAACUCAUAAUCAAUUCUACAAUAUCUGUAAAUUUCGAGUUUGAAAGCUGGAUUUUAAAUUGUUGUGAUAAACUUCUUAAAGUUGCAACCAUAGUUUUAACCUAAAAUUUAUCAAUUGAUUUAUUACAUUCUUAAUUUAUAAAGUAGUUGAUUAGUUAUGCUAAUAAAGAAUAUAAUCUCUAAAUUGUAUAUAAAUAAUGGAGUAGUAACAAAAAUGUAACUUAAGUUACAGAAAUUGAAACUAUAACAAAGGUAAAUGAAUUUUUAGGCACACAGGCUGAAAUUUAUAAUGAAAUUGAGUAAAAAACAUAUUAUAAACUUAAUGAAUAACUCAGACUUGAAUUAAUUUAAAAUUAAACCUCUUAAUAAUUAUUAGAUUUCUUUAGCGAUUUAACUGAACGUGAGACAAAACUUGAAGAUGAAUCCUAUUUAAAAAUCAUUUCAGAAUUAAGCUAAUAAUUAACUAAAAAUGUAUCAAGUUUGGUAGAAUAAUAAAUUCUUUUACCUUGGAUUAGUUCUGCCACAUAUCAAUUUUCAGAGAGUUUAAUUUCAAAUUUUUCUAAUCACAAUAUAAAAGAAGAAAAUUAUGAAAAUAUGUAACAUAAUUAAAGUGACCAUAAAGAAAUUGUAGAAAAAAUAGAGAAGCUAAUACAAAAAAUAGAAAGCGAAGCCAUUCCAUAAUAAACAUCAAAUCAUGAACUUAAUCAAAAUCCUGAGAUGGGAAAUUAAUAACACCAAGUCCUUAGGCGUCCUUUUUAAGCUCGAGAUUCAGGAAGCCCGUUUAUUCCCAUUGAUAAUGAAUAGCAAAUGUUGAUUGAACAAUAAAAGAUUUUAGAACAAUAAAAGAUGUUAGAACAAUAAAAGAUGUUAGAACAUCAAAAGAUGUUAGAACAACAAAAGAUCAUUGAGCAACAAAAGAUGAUUGAAAUCGGACUUCUCUAAUAUUUGCAGCAUGAAAGGGGAGAUGCUGAAUAAAAAGAGGAUGACGAUUCAUUUUAUAAAAAAACUUGGUUUAUUUCUAUUGCUUUAGCAGCAAUCCCAUUUACGUUAUUACUUUGUAUUGCAAAAACUGCUUACAAAAGCAAUAACAACCCAGAAUUAUCUAAUUGA